AUGUGGAUCUCAAUUUCUCCAGCCAGCCAACUUCACAACGGUCUGGUGGCUCUAUGCGUGUUGCUUUUUGGCGUCAAUCUCACAGUCCAGCAACGGGAUCCAAUAUCUAAUUUCUGCCGACGAUGGGGUCAUCAAAGUGCUGUAGUCGACGACAAGCUUUACAUUGGUGGAGGAUUGGUUACCUAUGAUGGCAGUUCAGGAACACCACAGAAUGUCUCCAGUAUGCGAACCCUACCCAACGCGCAACGAUCGAACCCUUACUUCAUUUAUCAUGACCUAAGUCAUGCGGCUGGUACAGGUAUGCCUCAGCCAUAUGCGAAUCUCAGCAAGAACUCAACGAUUCCUGAUGUGAGCGGAGGAGUAUUUUGGCCCGAUACCGUCAACAAAAAGAUAUAUCUCUUUGGGGGCGAAUAUAACGGUGUUACUCCUUGGGAUUUCGACCUUUACGCCUACGAUAUUAUCAAAGAUGAGUGGGAUAAUCUUGGGGUCUCCAGAACCGACGACAUUAUUGGACUCAGUUACGGCGCUGGCGUGUCCAUUUCCGAUCGUGGAGAGGCUUACUACUAUGGUGGUUGGAUGAACAAUGCGACCGACGCAAAUUGGGGAGAUGCUCCUCAAGUGCCCACGUCAAACUUGCUACGAUACGAGAUGGAUACGAACAAAUGGUCCAACGACACCGGACCUGAUGAUACGGGUCGCGCAGAAGGUGUAAUGGUUCACAUCCCUGCUGGAGAUGGCGGUAUGCUGGUCUACUUCGGCGGAAUACGUGCCACUGAUGACGGAAGCUGGGAGGGCCAACCGAUGGAUCAGAUCAUCCUAUAUGAUGUACUGAGUGGUAAGAGUUACUUUCAAAAUGCAACAGGCAAUGUCCCAAAACCACGAAGACGGUUUUGCGCCGGUGCUACGUGGGUGAAGGAUCAGUCCUCGUACAAUAUUUACCUCUAUGGAGGAGCUGGCGAAGAGGAAGGAAGCGUUGGAUUCGAUGAUAUCUACAUCCUGACACUGCCUUCGUUCACCUGGAUCAAAAUGUAUCCCGAUGGCAACGGAAUUGGAGAUUAUCCCCAUCAUAGCUUUACCUGCAACGUGGUGAACGAAGCUCAAAUGCUGAUCCAUGGCGGAUUCUUCCCCCUCAACGACGAUUGCGAUGUACCUGAUCAAUGGGGUCUGCACGACAUGUCCUUGGGUAGGCAGAACAAGGACAAGGCACCUUGGAUGCUCUACGACCCCAACUUGACCAAAUACGCUGUCCCGACCGAUGUUAUCUCAGUUAUCGGAGGAAAAUCCACCGGCGGGGCAACCAAAACAGCGCCAUCUGGUGGCUUCGACCAUCAAGACCUCAAGGCCCUCAUGACACGGACGGCAUCAGCAGGGACACGGACAGCAACCCGAAGUUUCCCGGACGCGAGCGCAACUGAAACAGGGGAUCCAAGAUCUGGAGGCAAGUUGUCAACUGGAGCCAUUGCUGGUAUCGCGGUCGGUGGUGCCGCUGUCCUUAUCGGCCUACUUGUGGCAUGUUUCUGUCUUAUUAGAAGGCAUCGUCGUCAACGUGACCGAGUUGGAUCUCAACAACCAAUGACCCAAUCCUACGAUUACCAUCACCCUACUCAUCCAUCUAUUGCUUCGAACCAGUACUCGCCUGGUCCUUGGAGCCCACAGUCAUCAACCUUCUCCCCCGCGAGUGCAUCGGCUUUCCCUGUUCCUCAGCAUGCUCAGUCAUAUACAGGACCGCCAGUGGAACUACCGUCCGGAAAUCCAGAGGAAAAUUCACGUGUUUCGCCGCAUACAGAACCAGCUACAGUGGUGGAGCCCAAGUAUGAUGCACAUGGAAACUUAUGGGUUCCUCAGGUGAGCAUGAUGCAAAUCCCGGACCAAAGCCCUUCACCUGGGAGUCCGCCUUAUUAUGAAGGCACGAUGGGGUCUAACGCAUCCAAGAACGGACCAGGAUACUUCCCAGCUGGUAGGGCGCAGGAACUGCCGGCAGAAAGACGCACCUCAAUUGUGCCCGGCCAGCCAGUUCACCAGACAUAUUACCAUCCAUGA